GCUUGUUUUAAGCAAUUAAUCAAUUAUAAAAUUUUCUGUUACUACUCAGCGUCCAAAGAACUAGAAAUGAAAUAUUUUUCCAGCAUUAAAUCGUACAUUCUAAAUUAUGAGAUAGUUGUUGUUUCAAGUUUUAAAAAAAUGCUCGUUUCCGGUGUGAAGGCAGUUCAAGAAACAUAAGAAAGUGUACAAUUUUCAUUUAUUUUCUGUCGUCAUAUUUAGACACGGAAACGUGUUGCGUUUGAUGAAAUCUCAUUUAUUUUAUGUUCGUUAGUAGUCGAUCGUGAUCCUUGUUAUAUUACGCGUUACUACUAGUGCACGGCGAGGGUGGAAUAGCGAGGUGCUUCGUCAUAGACAGUGGAAGGUAGCUAGCGACGUAAUAUCGAAUAUCUUUAGUCCAUAUUUACGUAUAGUAUAGUAGGUAUCGCGGACCGUGGUUACCACGUUUUCGCCAGCUGGUGCGUACAUUGCUGCAGUAGAAAUUGGUAGUACGCCCGGCGUGUGCGAGGCAGUUCAUCUGAAGUCAGCUUCCUGGAAGCCAGUAUCAACAAUUGAUCCCGUUCGUCAGCUCUCGUCCAUUGGGGCGUUACCGUUUUAUAUGACUUUAGCAAGAUAUAAAGAGACAUCAGUACAGUGCGAGGAGAGUAGUCGUUGUGUCGCGACCAAGAGGCCGGCCCGCAGCCGUCGAGCGUGCAUGACGCAUACACCCAGAUAUACUGCCCGCAGACCAUCAAAAUUUUGCAGUAACAGGCACCGGAAGCUGCUGCCGCUGCGGCAGACGUGACUGGCGCGCCGCGCGGGAGCGCCGGCCCGGCCCAUGCCGCCCCGCUGACACAUCGUCGAGCCCGCACCGCAUCUCUUAGACCUAGCACAUCGCAUACAGGACCGCUUAUUUACAUUAUACGAAGAUACCACGCAGAACAUUUGUCCAUAGCAAGCCCGAGGCAUAGCCAGCCGUCGCCAUGGGGUCGGUGAACGUCAACCGCAAUGUGGCGGACGCCUUCUACCGGUACAAGAUGCCGCGCAUCUGUGCCAAGGUCGAGGGCAAGGGCAACGGCAUCAAGACCGUCAUCGUCAACAUGCCUGAGGUGGCCAAGGCGCUUGGCAGACCUGCCACUUAUCCUACGAAAUACUUCGGUUGCGAGUUAGGCGCGCAGACGCAGUUUGACUUCAAGAACGAGCGGUUCAUCGUGAACGGCAGCCAUGACUCCGCCAAGCUGCAGGACCUGCUGGACGGGUUCAUCCGCAAGUUCGUGUUGUGUCCGGAGUGCGACAACCCGGAGACGGAGCUGAUCGUGUCCACCAAGCGCAACACCAUCUCGCAGGGCUGCAAGGCCUGCGGCUACCACGGCACCCUGGACUUCAACCACAAGCUCAACACCUUCAUCCUCAAGAACCCGCCCGCGCUCGACCCCAGCAUGCAGGUAUACCACCAGGGCUCGUCUCUGACGGAGGGCAACCGCGGCAAGCGCUCGAAGCGCUCCGGCCCCGGCGCCGCCAACGGCAACCACGACGGACAGGACGACGCCAAGCAUGAGGGCGAGGCCCCGGUGACGCCGACGACGCCCAAUCCCAAGAGCAGCAAGAAGGAGAAGGAAAAGGCAGCGGAUGAUGACGACGAUGACUGCUGGACCGUCGACGUCAGCGAGGCCGCCGUGCGAGCUCGCAUGCAGGACUUGACGGAGGGCGCCAAGAGUAUGACGGUAUCGGAGGACAGCGAGAAGAACGAGAAGCAGCGCAUGGACCUGUUCUACGCCUACCUCAAGCAGCGAGCCGCCGCCGGCGACGUCGACUCUCCAAAGGCCGUCACCGAGAUACUGCACGAGGCUGAACGCUUGGAGGUGAAGUCGAAGGCGCCGCUGGUGAUGCUGGAGGUGCUGGUGCGGCCGGGCGCGCUGGCGGGCGACGUGCGGCGCCACCGCGCGCUGCUGCUGCGCUGCACGCGCGCCGAGCCGCGCGCCCAGCGCGCCGUGCUGCACGCGCUCACCGCGCUGUGCGAGCACCACGCCGCGCUGCGCCCCAAAGUGCCCGCCAUACUCAAGCUGCUGUACGACGAGGACAUCGUGGAGGAGAAGGCGAUCCUGGAGUGGUCUGCCAAGCCGUCGCGCAAGUACGCCAGCAAGGAGGUGAUCGCCGACGUGCGGCGCCGUGCUGCGCCCUUCCUCGAGUGGCUGCAGCACGCCGAGGAGGACUCCAGCGGCACAGACUCCGAGCACGACGACAUCGAGAUCGAGUACGACGACCGCGCCAAGGCGACACCAAUCAAGGCGGUGUCGGCCGCGCCCGCCAAGCCCAAGCCGCAGGACGAUGACGACGUCGACGUCGACAUCGACGCCAUCUAGACGUCGCGUCACGCCCUCACGUCGCGUCACGUCACGUCACGCCCCGCCACGUCGCGUCACGCGUCACCGCGCGACGGCUGCUCGCCUCGUGAGAUGUUCCGCACACAAGAUGACGAUCCAGCUUCCUAUUCCUUUUAUUUCACACUGAAUUUAUACUAAAUUCUUUUAAAUUCGUGCACAAUGUUUUAACAUUUGUCGUCAUCAAGGCCAUACUUUAAUUUGACCAUAUAGCUAAACUUUUAUCUUACUUUUCCAUUUGGAUAGUUAUGCAACGUUUUUUUUAGUCGCUGUUAUAAAUCUAUGCAUUUAUUGGACUUUACUGCCUUUACUACCUUGAUUUUUGUAGUCACACUAUGUCUCGAAUUAUUUACAUAGAAAUCGUCAUCUUGUCGCGAAACAAACUCGGGCCCCGUAACAUAACGCAGACAUUUAAUAUGUAGUUCACCCUAUCUAAAGUACCCUUCCAAAGUAAUUAGAAUAGGUAUAGAUGAAUCCCUUUGUCCCUUACGGGAGGUGUAAAGUUUCUUUACUCCACUAGAUGUAAUCCAAAUUAUUUCGGAAUAAUAUUGAAGCGUCGUUCAUUUAGUUUCUGCUAUGUCGAUCAACGAGUGGCGAUGUUACCGUGGUCGCCUGCCCGCGUUAAUGUAAUAUUUACUGAUUAUGUAUAAGUCAUCUAGAAAAUACAUCUUAAAAUAGCGCCGUGCCACGGUGCAGAUACAGAUGUUUUAAACUAAUCAUGUCUAAUUCAAUUAUAUACCUAUCGAUGUUUGUUUAGCGUAAGGAUAGCGCGACUUUUAAUUAUAGCAUCGUGGAUGGAAAACGUUGACCGAACAUUUACAAUCUUUGUAGUACGGACUGAACGAUCGGCGCUUCUCAAAUCACUAUAUUCAAAGCUUAAUACUAGGGUGACUGUUUAUAGGAAACUAUUUUUUUUUCUUAUUUCCAACACUAUGUUCCUAUAUAUUGAUUUUUUUAUUAUUGUUUUUAAUCAAUUUAUUCCGAUAUAUAUUUUGGGACGCAGUUUUAUAUACAUUGGUGUACAUCAGGCGGUAUUAGAAUGAGGAGACAGAGUGUCGCUAGUGCUAGCGAGUCCUCAUGUCUGUACGACUGUCACAAACUGGAGAUGUCACGCCGUGCUGCAGCUCUGACAACUAGAGUUUGUACGAGGUUUAACAUGUCAUAGCAAUUGAUGGAUUUUAGUAUUACAAUUAUAAAAUUGGCGAACGUUCGGGCUGAGCCUCCGGCGAUGAAAUAGCGGCGGCAACGCCACAGCAUGGAGCGGGUCGCUCGGCUCUGCGUAUUUUAUAUGUGUAUGUAAUUUAGGUUAGUUUAUUUGUGAUGAGGCCCACAGACGCGCGCAGUUCUCAUGUAAUAUAUAGGGAUACGAUCGGCCGAUCGCCGCUGCGACAGACGGGCAAUGUUUCCUCUUACUAUUAACUAUUAUUAAAAUAGAAUAUUUUGAAAUUGCCAUCUGACAAUUUUAUUAGAUUGUUUUGUAUUCAAUACAUUUUGGAUUCUGA